CUUACAAUAUUUGCAACAAGCCUCACUCAAUCGUGGACAUUCAUUUGUGGUGGAAUGUGAAGUUUUGUCCACAGAAGGACAAAUUAAUCAUUUUAGAAUUAAAUAAUAUCUCACUGGUGUAAGUUAUCAUCUUUUUCUUAGGUUUGUACUUUGUGAAAAUUGUGCUUUUAAAUCUUUUUUAUGCUCAUCAAUGAUUUAGUGAGUGUAUUGGCUGUAAUAUUUAAUGGAAAUUAUUGAGUGAAAUGUUGCUAUUUUAAGAUGAAUGAGUAUUGGUUCGAACGACGUCAUAUUUUACUGGGAAAUAAAAUUGCUGAGUGGAGAAAAAAAUAUUAUAACAUUCGAUUGUUGUCGAUAAAUACGAUAAAUUAAAAAGUGUAUCUUAUUAAAUCUUAUAGCACGCAAUCAAGUUUAAUUAAUAUAAAUAUCCCAAUCUCACAUAAUUUAUUCACUAUUCUUCGGGAGAUUCUCAAAGUGGUAAGGCUAAAGUUUAUCAUAGUGGUUCAUGGGCAAGAGGGCUCCUCAUGAAUUAAAGAACAAACUUUUGGGUUGAAGAUCAAAUUAAAGUGAACAAUAUCCGCUCCAUAAAAACCUGUUCAUGAGCUAUUAAAGUGGUUGUCUUCAUCUGUAAAAUACUGAUUUACCUCACUGGUACACCCAUUUAGUCAGUGUAAGGUCACGUCAUAAGUGCCGUGUAUUCUUGGCCCCGGACACAAAACGUCACAAUUACCUUUAUAAGAAAAAAUAUAACAUAACAAACUACUUAUACAUUCAGGCUAUUACUGGAAGCUCUCUCUCUCUGCAACCAUGGGAAGAAUCUUUACCGUGAUUUCGCUUGGUUUGGUGCUAUUGGAGUUGUUUAGCGGUGUUAGCUCACUUCCAUAUUCAAAAUACGGAAGAUCAUGCAGCGAUAUUGGAUGUCUAUCUUCCGAAGUCUGUGUCAUGGCAUUUGAUUCGUGCUCUUAUGGCCAGCGCGAGAAUAAAGAGUGUGGUCGGUAUCCGACAUGUCGCAAGAGCGGAUCUGGAGGAAGUACCGUACCAGACACCUCCCACUCUUCGUUACCCUCAAAUACUCCCGAUAACACGUAUAACUCUAGACCAUCUGCACCUGUUGCUCCGGCUCCAGAACCCCCACGACCAUCAUACCCUACCAGCGGAGGUGGAUCUUCCUAUCCAUCUUCGUCAGGCGGAGGAGGAGGCUACAACGUCAAUCCCGGUGGAUACGUUCCUCCUGGAUAUGGCUCUUAUGGCGGUGGAAGUCAUUAUGGAGGCGGAAGCUCCUACGGCGGUGGCGGAAGUUCCUACGGCGGAAGAGGUAGCUCCUACGGCGGCGGUGGUAGCUCCUACGGCGGUGGCGGAAGUUCCUACGGUGGUGGUGGCUACCAUCCACCGACGACCAAGAAACCCAAAUCUUCCUCAGAUUCCCUGAGCGGUUUCUUCUCAGGACUCAUUUCAAGUGGUUUUGGUAGCCUAAUUCAGAACGCCCUUGCGGGUGGUGGAUCAGGUACCCGUGGAGGUACAUCUGGUGGAAGCCUAAGUAGCCUAUUCGGCGGAGGAUCUUCAUCUGGAAGUGGAGGAGGCCUAGGUGGACUCUUUGAUACACGGCACCUCAUUGAAAACCGCAAUUUUGGUAGUCUCUUCAGUGAGAAAAACCCUUCAGGCGGAAGUACCAGUGGUACUGGUAGUCAAACUGCCUCAAGGGGUGCAGGCUACCCUACCCAACCGCCCUAUAACAGCGGAUACGCAUCUAUGUACAGUGGCUCUCCAAGCACUGGACAAACUGGAGCAUCUCACCAGUCAGGAAAUACUCAAUAUGGAUGGAAAGUUUAAGAACUAUUUGCAAAUUUAUUAAAUAAAAUUUUAAGUAUUUCAAUAAUCUAAUCAUGGAAUAGAACAGUGCCUGGUGCAAACAGUUUAGAUUCUUACUCUGAAAAAAAAUUUCUUGUUAAACGAACAAAUGGAUUUUGUUGAAAUUUUGUCCAAAGUAUGUUAUUUACCAAUUUGACAAAACUUUUUCUUGCAUUUUGAAUGGAAAAACACCCUUUUGACAAACUUUUAACAAGAUACAGUUGGUCGCAAAAUUGACUAAACUUUUCCAUAUUCUGUAUGGAAGAACAUACUUUUUACAAACUUGUCUUGUUUAUUUGACAAAACAUUUUUUUCAGAGUAGAAGUCAAGAAACAGGAAUACUCAAAACCAGUUAUUAACUAUUCAAAUUUUCAGGCCAAGAUCAAAAUCAAGGUAAUUUCUAAUAUUUUCAAGACUUUAAAAAACAUUAGGGGAAAAUGCUCAUAAUUUGCACGGUCCCAAGCUUCAUAAUGACUAAAAUUUUUCCUAUGUUUCUGAAUAUAUGUGACUCUGCAAUAUAUUUUAGAAACAGAACAUUUUCCUCUAGUUUUUAAAAUGGGGACGAUGAGUCAUAUUUAUUGAAAAACACAAGAAAAUUAAGUCGUUAUUAAGCUUGAGACAGUGCAAAGCAUGAGCACUUUCCCGUUAAUUUUAUUCUCGAAAUUUUACGGCCGAAGUAAAAAUUAUAUGGUUUAAAAAAGAAUAGUUUUACAGUGUAAAAAAAUUGUGUAAAUAAAUAAAUCGUGUAAAUUUACACAA